AUGACAUUUGGCUUGGCGUGCUGCGCUGUGGAGAUGAUGCACAUCGCCGCUCCUCGUUACGACAUGGACAGGUACGGGGUGUUGUUCCGAGCAUCCCCUCGCCAGGCCGAUUGCAUCAUUGUGGCCGGCACACUCACCAACAAGAUGGCACCUGCGCUGCGCAAGGUUUACGAUCAGAGGGGCGUCUGUCGGUCCGUGACAGCGUCAGGUGACUAUCAGCUGAGCGCCAGUGUUGGAGUGGUGGGGAGGGGCAGGGGAGCGGAGAGCUGUCGCGCCAGCCACCCAGGGCUGCCGGCUGCCAGGGGGUGUUGCCAAUGUAAAUCGGCAGAUCGCCGCUCGUUGCGCGAAAGGAACAAGGCGUUC